GGGCUUUCGAUACGCGCCAUGGCCGCGCAAUCGCCUCCCUCUCGCGGCACGGGGAAUCGUAUAAGACGAGCCUCUCAUUGUGCUCCCGGCAGUUCCCAAGGCAUUUGAAAGCUUGAUCGAGUCUGUUAGACUUUACAAUACACGUUACCGAUUUUCUACCAAAAUACAAGGCAUAAGCAAGCCUGUCCCUCCGGCCCCUCCCUCUAGUCCCCAUCACGAUGGUCGCCCUCACAGCUGCCACGCCGACCAUUGCACUCGCAGUGUCAACAACGGCGCUGACCGCGAGCCCAACAUGCACCACAGCUAUUCCAGACCAGAAUGGCUUCGUGCCGCCUGACUCCUGCAAUGCCAACUACGGCUUCUAUCCGCGGUGGGAAGACAACGUUGCGUUUGCCAUUGCGUUUGGGCUCACCACCGCUGCCCAUCUUGCCCAGUCCAUGAUCCUCAAAAAGCCUUUCUGCUGGGUCAUCAUCAUGGGUGCCUUGUGGGAGUGCACUUGCUUCGUCCUCCGCGCCCUGGGCGCCAAAGACCAACAAGAAUCCCUCUACGUCACGCUUUCGACGCUGCUGUUUCUUCUCGCUCCGCUUUGGAUCAACGCGUUCUGUUACAUGGUCGUCGCCCGACUCGUCUACUUUCUCCAGCCGGAGAAGAAAGCAGCUGGCAUCGGCGCUCGCUGGCUCGCAAAGGGCUUCGUCAUCGCAGACGUGAUUUCCUUCUUCGUUCAAGCCGCUGGCGGCGCCAUGAUGGCCGAUCAACACGAUACCGAUAAGGCGAAUACUGGCCGCAAUAUCUACAUGGUGGGCGUGGGCAUUCAGCUGGUCUUUGUCAUGGUAUUCCUGGUCAUCACCGUCCGAUUCCACCGGGACCUACUACGAAAUAUGCGUAUUGGUAAGGUCAAGACCCGUGAUUGCUGGACUGGUACCCUGGUUUGGGUGAUUUAUUUCGUUCUAAUGCUCAUCAUUGAGCGUAUCAUAUUUCGCCUCAUCGAAUUUAGCCAAGGCGCCUCAUCUUCGAAUCCCAUCCUUCAACACGAAGCGUUCCAGCUAUAUCUCGACGCGUUACCUAUGCUUCUUGCUAUCGCCUCCCUGAAUUUUGUCCAUCCAGGCAUGGUGCUCAAGGGCCCCGAGAGCAGCUUUCCAUCGUCAAAGAUUCGAUGGUGGCGUGGCAGGUCAGCAGCCUUUGAGCCUCUUGCGUUACAGUCUCUCGAAAGGCAGCCGCUGAACUGA